GUCGCAUCUUGUGGUUUGACCUAGCUACAGGCAAACGAUGUUCUGAAAUACUUUUCUAUUCUUUACAUAGGCCGAUCAGCUGACCGAAGAGCAGAUUGCUGAAUUCAAGGAAGCCUUCUCUCUAUUUGAUAAAGAUGGUGACGGCACCAUCACAACAAAAGAACUGGGGACUGUCAUGAGGUCACUGGGUCAGAACCCAACAGAAGCAGAAUUACAAGACAUGAUCAAUGAGGUAGAUGCUGAUGGCAAUGGCACUAUUGACUUCCCAGAAUUCUUGACCAUGAUGGCCAGAAAAAUGAAAGAUACAGACAGCGAGGAAGAAAUUCGUGAGGCGUUCAGAGUCUUUGACAAGGAUGGCAACGGAUACAUCAGUGCGGCUGAACUACGUCAUGUUAUGACAAACUUAGGAGAAAAGCUAACGGAUGAAGAAGUAGAUGAAAUGAUCAGAGAAGCAGAUAUUGAUGGGGAUGGGCAAGUGAACUAUGAAGAAUUCGUACAGAUGAUGACUGCGAAAUGAAGAGACCUCCUUUCACCUUUUUUUUUCCUCUAGAAGAAUCAAAUUGAAUCUUUUACUUACCUCUUGCAAAAAAAAAAUGUUCAUUUAUUCAUUCUGUUUCUGUAUAGCAAAACUGAAUGUCAAAAUACCUUCUGUCCACAAACUGCAUGUAAUGGUUGGUGGUCCUGUUCCCCCCCAAAAAAGAUCAAGUCAAACAUCAAGUUUUUUUCCAGUAUAAAUAAUUGUACUACCUUUAAAAUAAGAAACCACUUAGGGAACUCCUCAAAAGUUCCAUUUGCUGAUGACUAUUACACUGUUUGGGCUGGCCAGUUUUUCAUGCAUGCAGCUUGACAAUUGAGCACAGUCAGACAUUUGUAUUAAAACAGUUUUAAAAAAAACCCAGAAAAAAAA